CUCCGUAGUAUGCAAUAAUUCUUUAAUCUUAUUUUACGAAAUUCAAGAACUAUUUAUCUGUGUGGAAGACAACGAAAUAACUCUAGAAAUUUUGUGAAUAAGUCCAGCAGAAUCUCUAACAUCCCGCAGAGAAGAUGGAAUACCUACUUAGGAGGUUGACGACGAAGCAACAAAUCGAUUCCAUCAUCAGAGACACCGUCGAUAAGGUUCUCGUCCUCCGCUUCGGCCGUUCAUCGGAUUCCGUCUGCCUCCAUCUCGACGACGUCCUUUAUAAAUCCGCGGCGGAGGUCUCCAAGUUCGCGACGGUGGCGCUGGUCGAUUUCGAUGCCGAGGGAGUGCAAGUUUACGUGAAGUAUUUUGAUAUCACUUUGAUUCCUUCUACUGUGUUCUUCUUCAAUGCUCAUCAUAUGAAGAUGGAUUCUGGGAGUGCAGAUCAUACAAAGUGGAUUGGGGCAUUUAAGACAAAACAGGACUUCAUUGAUGUUGUGGAGGCAAUAUACAGAGGAGCGAUGAAAGGGAAGCUGAUAGUAUCAUGUCCCCUUCCUCCCGAGAGGAUACCAAGGUUUCAGUUGCUGUACAAAGAUGUGUAACACUCUGGUAAUAGUACUCCAUAUGUCAACUUGUUAUGAUUCUUGUGUAGCACAGUUUGUUUUGUUGCGUUGUGUUUUAAUGAUAAGUUAAAUCUUCACCACCAUCAAUGAAUAAGUAUUGCUGCU